AUGGAUACAACUAAAUCAUAUACUAUAAACAAUUCAAUAUUCCGAACUGGCGAAAGAUACGAAUGCCAAAAACUUUUAGGCUGCGGUGCUUACGGGUAAGUAGUAAUGGCUGAAGACAAGAAACUUAAUAUGUAAGUGGCAAUAAAGAAGCUUCAUAAAAUCGAAGAUACAGUGGAUGCUAAAAGAAUACUCCGAGAAAUCCGUAUUUUAAAGAAUUUAGUCCAUGAGAAUAUUUUAUAAUUAUUAAAUAUUAUAUAUGAUGAUAUAGAUGAAGAUUAGGAAUUCGGAACAAUUUAUUUAAUAACAAAUUAUAUGGAAAUAGAUUUAUAUUAAGUAAUUAAAUCUAAUUAACCUUUAACUGAUUAACAUAUCUAGUAUAUUAUUUAUCAAAUACUAAAAGGAUUAAAAUAUAUACAUUCGGCAAAUAUUAUACACAGAGAUAUUAAGCCUUCCAAUAUUUUAGCAACUUAAAAAUGUGAUAUUUCAAUGUGUGAUUUCGGACUUUCUAGAAAAAUUGAAGAAGAAGAAUAGGUUGAAUAAAACCUAUUAGGCUAAUUAACUGAAUAUGUUGUAACAAGAUACUAUAGAGCACCCGAAAUUAUGUUAAGCUCUCAUGUUUAUUCUAAGGCAAUUGAUUUGUGGAGUUUGGGAUGUACCUUUGCAGAAUUGAUAACACAUUAAAUUCUUUUUAAGGCUUAAAAUUAUAUAAAAUAAAUAAAGUUGAUUUUUGAUAAACUAGGAAUGCCACCAAAUGAUGAUUUAAAUUUUAUUGGAAAUUAAAAUGCUAAAUAAUAUGUUAUUACUCUUCCUAAAAAGACGAAAACUUCAAAUUACGGCAGAAGAGGCUUUAAAACAUCCUUAUUUUGA